GGGCCGGGACUGGAGGGCUGCUUGAAACUCGACUGCAGGUCUGCAGAUGGAAGGCGGACAGUGUAACUCUAGGUUUCUUUUUUUCCUCUCCAGCAUGCAUGGCUUUUGUUUCUAGGAGAGGGGACAGACAGAGCUGAUGCAGAGAAAAGCACUUACCUUUCACACUGUACUUGGGAGCCCUUUGUAAGUGCCCGAGUGCACAGUGUGGCACUCAGUCUGCGCUCUGCAGCUGCAUAGACUAUGUUCAGUCACCACACGGCUGAAUUGAUUUUAUAACACAGAAGGAAGAGACUGAGAGAGACAGAUAACAGUGGAGAGUGGGUUAUACUGUCCGUGCUGUUCUAACACCCACAGAACCUGGAAAUUAAACUUUUUUUCCACACAUCUAGCCUUUUUAAGGCUACACUGGACUGAACUAUUAUCGAGUUUACUACACAUCUCAGGAGUGAAUUAUUUCUUGCGCUUUUUUUCUACUCAGCUCAAACUGUGAAGAGGGAGAAAAGAGCUGAGUUUGCUUUAAAGUGAAUCGGAGGGACCAAGAAGAGAGGGAGAGAGAAAGAGCAAGAACACCGCUCUCCCUCUGUGUGUAGCUAUAACUGGGCAGCAUGGUGCAGAAAAUGAGCCACACAGAGAGCACCGCCGAGGCGCUGUCCUUUUUCGCCGGGGAUUCGAGCUCCGACUCCGGGGCUUGCAUGGACCUGGACCCGGCAGCCUCGCCGCUCUCCCCGGGCUCCACGGCUUCUUCAACCGCCGGGGACAAGCUGGGAGAGAACCCGGCAUGGUGUAAAACUCCCAGCGGCCACAUCAAGAGACCCAUGAAUGCGUUUAUGGUGUGGUCACAGAUAGAGAGGAGGAAGAUCAUGGAGCAGUCUCCGGACAUGCACAACGCUGAGAUCUCCAAGAGGCUGGGGAAGCGGUGGAAGCUGCUCAGAGACAGCGACAAGAUCCCCUUCAUCAGAGAGGCGGAGCGGCUCAGGCUCAAGCACAUGGCGGACUAUCCCGACUACAAGUACCGGCCGAGGAAGAAGGUAAAAUCAAGCGCCUCUAAGCCUGGCAGCAACGGAGACAAGGGAGACAAACUCAACAGUAGCUCUAACAACACCAGCACUAAGUCAUCCUCAUCUUCGAGGAAGAAUGGAUCCAAAUCACCCAGCAGCAGCAAACCCCACAAAUCACUUUUCGGGAGCAGCAGCAGUAGCACCAAAGCAUCACCGUUUGCCUCUGAACACCCGUCAGAGCACCAUCACAACUCUCUCUACAAGUCCAAAUCUGUCUCCUCGGCGGCCAAGCUCAUACCGGAUGGCAAGAAGCCCAAGCGGGUCUACGUCUACGGCAGCAGCGGGGCCAGCUUGAGCGUCAGCCCCGCGUCCUCGGUGGUGGUCCCGGCCAGCCCGACGCUCAGCAGCUCGGCGGAAUCCAGCGACCCGCUCAGCCUGUACGAGGACGCGGCCAGCGGCAGGGAGGAGGGAGCAGCCUCCCCGGGCAGCAGCGGCAGCCUGGGCGGCUCUUCGGAGCGCCACGGCGGGCACACGUACAGCAGUCGGCGGGCUUCCUCACCGACCCCCUCCGGCUCUCACUCCUCCGCCUCGUCCCACUCGUCCUCCUCAUCUUCCUCUGAGGAUGAAGAGUUUGAGGACGACUUGCUCGACAUUAACCCGAGCCCCAGCUUUGAUAGCAUGUCGCUGGGAAGCUUUGGCUCCUCGGUGCUUGACAGGGACUUGGAUUUGAACUUUGAGUCCGGCUCCGGGGGCUCCCACUUCGAGUUCCCCGACUACUGCACGCCCGAAGUCAGCGAAAUGAUCUCCGGGGACUGGCUGGAGUCCACCAUCUCCAACCUGGUGUUCACAUACUGAGCAAGAAAAGGCAAAAAAUUAAAAAAAAAACGACAGGUUUUGUCUGUCCUACGAGCUAAAAUAUGACCACAAACAGAAACAGGAGUUCCUGGUACAGUGGGCGUAAUAGUUUGUGUUAUAACUACACGAGACUAGUAAAAACCCACUGAAACUAGCCCCGUCCCUUCUCGUCCAUAGGCAAGUGCUGCAACUCCUUGGAAAGCUAAACUUUAAAGCGAAUAACUUGCUUUUUGUAGCUACUUUUCUUCGGAUGCGUGGACUGGGGACUCGGUUCAACCACACAAAGUGGAGUGCAAACACGAGAAGGAGAGAAAAAGAGAGACUGGCUGAGUUUCCUGAGAGUGAAACGCUCAGUCCUGAACUGUUUUUGAACUGAACAACUUAACUGUGAUUGAUUUGCACGUUAUGCGGUCCGCCGUUCACUUAAUCAAUGUUGUUGCUGAUUUAAAAAAAAGGGACAUUUCACAACUUUUUACCAAUCGCCAAGUGAACUUCACCACUAAAAAGGUACAGAAAUAGGACUGUCGUGCGACAUUUUUAUUGUGGUGUGUCACCGAGAGGGAUUUUUAAUGAAACCGAGGUGGGUUGAUGUUUUUUAAAAGUCGAAUAUUUUCUCAAAAGCAAAAAACGUGUUAAGCAUGAUAGCCUACUUUGUUCCUAUCUUGUGCUGAGAUUUUCUGUGAGACUGUCGAGCAGUUUAAAAACUAGUAUUAGGGUUAUUUAAAUGGAUAGGUGGCGCUCGCUUUCGGUUCUUCUCUUUAAAAAAAAAAGGACAUUGAAAUAAUCACCAGCUGUUGUAAUUUUUCAAACUUCAGGAUUCAAACGCAACUUCAAAUCUGUGCUGAACUUUAUACACUUGUUCUCUACGAUUCAGGACCAAAAUUCUUUAAUUUCAGAUGAUAGCUAUAGAGAAAUCCUCACCGAUUUUUUUUCAUCCUCUGAGCUUUGUUUUGUACAUGUAUUCAGAUGCCAUUUUAUAUGGGAUGUUGUAUUUAUAUACUGGGCCAAGCAUUUUUGACUUGAUCAUUUUUUUAAUUUCUUGUAUACAUGAUCUAGUCCUGUUUUUUUUUUUCCUUACACGGUUGUUUGUCAGUAUGUCUGUGUCUGUCACAUUUCCUUCUCAGGCGAAGGGCUAGAGUUUUAAAAACACACAACUUUUGAUUUCAUUUUAUAUUUAAAUGUACACACUUUUUGGACACUUAAAAGAGAGGAAACAGUUCGAUUAUUUUCUCAGUGUAUUUUUGUACAAAUCUAUAUAGAAAAUGGGGGAGUCAACAAUCGGUGUGUGUAGCCUACUAAUACAGCUGUAUUGGAUUUCCUAAUUUUUAAUACCCCGGCAGGCUGGUUUUCAUGCUGCCUUCAAGUGCUCAUGGUAAACUCGUUUUUAUCGCCUGUUCAAAUGCUUUUGUAAGGACAGCCAGCAAAUAGACCUUCUAUCACUGUGGUGCCUGUUGUUUAAUUUUAGGGAUUAAAGGCAUCAAGGUAUUUUUUUUACUUGACGGGAAUAGCAGAGGAAAUAAUAACGAUCACAUGUUUAAUUGGUGUUUUGAUCCACAAAUUUGGCCAACUUUCUUUGACUUUUACCAGCACAUACUGACAAGACUUGUUUGAUGUCCAAUCCCUGAACAUUCAGUAUUGUCAGGACAGACAUGAGAUACUUUACCACCCAGUUAUAAGGAUGCAAUUACAGUUUUCCCAACAGCACUUGAAAGCAGCACCAGCCUUUGUAUCUGCCUACCUUCUACGUUUACAGUGCCAGUCUGCAGGCUCCUUAAAGACACAGGAAUGCAUUAUUUCUAGAGGCUAUUCCUGUGGACCAUGUGGGUUUAACAGCAUCAUCAUCUUAAGCAGCCACUUGUUUUUUGCAUUUUUCCGUCAGAUAUCUUGCCUACGACAACAAAUGAGGAGAUUGUAGCUUUAAAUUUGACUUAUUUCUUGAUGUUUUCAUUAAUUGAUGUCACAUUUGCCAAUCAACCUCUGGAUUGAACAGGCUAUCAAAUACAGCAAGCAAACAACAAGGAUGAUAACAUCAGGCAUAUUCAAAUUUCUGACUUGAGUUCCGCAACACCUACUUGUACUGCGUUUCUCAUUGUAUUUGAAUAUAUAAUCUUUUCUACUUGUCAGCUAACUAUUAGCUAAUAAUUGUUUUAGUAUCUUUAUGGCAUGGUGAAUAGCAUUUGUAUUUCAGAUUCAGGUUAUUAGCUGUUGUGUUUUUCAGAAAAAAUGAAAAAAUGAGGAAAAACGAUGAAACGUGAACUCGAUCUUUGUAUAUUUGACUGUAUCAUAAAGCAAAAAGAUUGUGUGUUUAUGUACGUUGUUGCUAUCGAGGACAGGCACUGUCUAGAACUGCUAUCUUUUACACAUCCUUACUUACAUUUAAGGUGGUCAGUUCAGGACUCUUUUUUUAUAUAUAUAUGAAAGCAUUUUUAAAUAUAUUGACUUUAUUUUUCAUCCAUCCUGUGCAAUAUGCUGUGUAGAAUUAUCAUUUAUUGUCUCUAAUCAUGCCAUAAACAAAGGAACCACCCUUUUUUUGGGACUCAGAGAAAGGGGAGGGAUACUCAUGCCAGCUAAAUUGUGUCCAUUCACUGCCUGUCAGAUUGUUGAUAUAAACUUGUGUACAGAACUUUUUCAAGGAAGGAAAUAAAUAUCAGCUGGAACUGAAACUCUACAA